GGAUGUCCGAGCAGACCGUGAACGCAUCAGCAGCCCACAUAACGCUUCUCUUCAGCAGCAGGAGCAGGAGCAGCGGGGCCAGCCUGCAGAGCUCUUCCGGAGGCGGAUAGAUAAUCCCCAUCUCUACACGGACUCCUAAUACAAUCAGGAAGGAAUCGCCGCAACUCGUCUCAAGGAAAGAAACACGUUUUGUAAGAUAUUAAAACCCACGAACCAGAAGACCUGAAGAAAAAAAGCGUGGAUCACCAGCGAUGGAUUUAUUCAUUGUACAGUUUCUUUAUUGUGUUACGAGACAAAUCUUAUUGAGGCUAUAAUGUGACAGCUGUUGUCGCAUUUUAUCUAGUCUGGAGUAAAGAACAUCCUGCGUGUGUUUUUUUCUGAUUUGAUCACCAUGAUGGCUUUCAAUCUGGUGUUAACUUUCAUCAUCGCGGCUCUUUGGCGGGUCAGCAGCGAACCACAAACUCUGUCUUCACCCGCGACGCAGCUCAAUACAACAUCCCCAUCUUCAUUAUCAUCAUCAUCAUCAUCCAUCAACAGCGGAGACGGACUGGCGGGUAAUGUCACAGAUGCUGCCGUGGGAUCCCGGAUUUCAUCCAUCAUGACGCAUCUGCCAACUCUGAAAAACAUAGUUAUUUUCAUCUGCGUGCUAACAGCUGCUCUCAUCACAUGCCUGGUCAUCAAAGUGAUCAGGUAGGCAGACUCACACUGUCCCUGUCUCUCUCUCUCUCCCACUCACACGAUUAACCUGCAUCAGCUGCAAGGCCUAAUAAUGACCAACGUUUCAGUAAUCAUAUUAUGAUCAUGAUUUGGAAAUCGCUGCGAUGUUGCAGGUAAAUUAACCGAUUAGGAGCACGCACGUGGAAGGAUCUGGGAUUGUUUAAUGGUUUUACAGGGAAUUUUCCAUCUGUUUCAUAACCUGGAUCUAAAAUAGACUUGUAUGUAGGUUUGCUGUUAUCCUAGUUCAAAGAUGGGGGACAUUGGCAGGACAUUGCAAAUGCUUAUCCCUUUAACUGCCUUUUGUAUCAUAAUUGAUACAUACUUUUAUGAUACUUCCAUCAAAUCAAUAUGAUCAACAAAUUACUAAAACACACCUUAAUACAGUCUGAUAAAUGAUAAAAAUGUCCUCUUGUGGUUUAUCAGUUUCCAAAAACAUCUAAUUUAUCAAACAAGAUCAAUAAAUAAAUUUUAAGGACAUUUUAAUUUUUUUGGUUUCCGCUUUAAAAAAAAAGUUGAUUUUUUGGGGUUAAUGGUUGGAUAGUAUUGUCAAAACAGUACACAAAUUGCCCAUCAUAAACCCCCAGUGCCAUGUUGUUGUUGUUUUUUUUAGUAAGACUUAACAUGAUUAACCAAUUAGGCUAGUUGUAAAUGAAUUGGUUCAUAAAUUUUACACAGAAAAAUGCCUCUUUGACUUAAGAUGUUUUCUUUUGUACCCUCUAUAACUGUUAACUAAUUAUCUUUUGGUUCUGGAAGAAAAACACAAUCUUCUAGGAAAUUUUGAGAAAUUCAUUUUUAUUUUGAGAUCGUUUACAUUUGAGAUGACAGGUUUUAAUAGAGGAAAUACAAGCUGUAUUUAUGGUAGUGUACAUAACUGUUACUUUUAAGCCUUUAAACAGAAGAAUAAAUGAAUGUUUGGCAUGUUGGUUGAUCAAGCAACCCACUUGGAAAGCAAAUUCCUGUAAAACAGGAGCUCCAGCCAUCAUUUCUAAUCUGAUAGAAACACAAGCUGGUAAGAAUUGCACUAACAGGCAGUCGGAGCAUUAUCAUGUUUAUAAGAAUGUUAAAUUCCUGUAAUCCUCUCAGUCUGGAAAAACUGAAAUCGCCCCGCAGUUGCCUGAUUCAGGGAGGUUUUAUUACUUGUGUUUCCUCAUGUUUGUGAUCCUUUUGUUUCACACAGAUCUGGGAGAAGGAUCAGAAAAACACGUAAAUACGACAUCAUAACGACUCCUGCAGAGCGAGUGGAGAUGGCUCCUCUAAAUGAGGAAAAUGAUGAGGAUGAUGACUCAACGCUCUUCGAUGUCAAAUACAGGUUUGUUCUUCUCUUGACUACCAAGACAAAGAGAGCAACACACAUCAGAUGUUCAUGCUGGAAAAAUGUUACAGGUGUAAUCUCUCUAACCAUGGUCUGUGGUCACACAUAACCACAGAGUAAUGCUUAUCAUUCUCUGUAUAGAGAAACAGUGGACACAGUGUAUAAGUAUAGGUAUAAAUUAUGAUAGAGGCAGUGUAAGAUUAGUUCAAACUAAAGUGAAUCUAUCUCCUUUUUUCUGUACUUCUACUUAUCUCAGCUGAUAGCUCUGCACUUAAGAACUGUUUAAUCUCUAUUUGCCUGUGUAAAGCACAUUGUGACUGCUUUGACUAUAGAACUUGGAGUGGAGUAAGCUUGUGCUGCUAGGGUAGCUGUCGAAGUCCCUUAGCUUUUGCUGCUCUUACUUUAUACUUUAGAAAAGUUACAAACAGAAAAUACUAUGAAAAACGAAAGAAUGUUUCUGAACAUCUCUCUCUCUCUUUUUUCGUUUAAGAAACACUGUUUUAGUUCAGACUGUGUUGACUUUGUUUCACCCUUCCGUCCUUCCCAUUGUUCUCUAACAUACAACCACUUCCUCAUAGGAAGGUCUGAUCUCCUGUUUACCUGACAUUCCUGACUUCCAAGUUAGACCAGACUCUGCUGGAGGACAUAUUUGUGGACUGAAACAUCAGAUAAGAUUCUUAGUGACUGAAUUUUCUUAUCUGUUUUUUUUUUCAGGUGAACUCAGCACAGACAUCCAGAUUUGAUCACUCCUUUUUUUUCUGGGACAACUCAAGUGAUUUCUUAUAUUUUCAUGAGUCCUAAAGUCUUACCAAAUCACCAUCUUCUUUGCUGCUUGUGCAUGGCUUUUAUCUGUGUUAAACGGACCGGAGCCACAGAAAUGUCGUAAUUUGCUGCUUUACUGACGCUCAUAUCAUGAGGCUCAAAUGCCUGCCCACUUCUCUCUAUGAUUAAACACCAGGAAGCUUCCAGCCGCCUCAUGGUAUUCAGUUACAGUCAAGCUGGAUGUGACUCUCCAGCAAAUCAUCCUUGCAAAAAAAAAAAAAAAAAGACAUUUGAUUUGGACAAUUAUCAUAAUUUAUUGAAACCACUGAGCAUCACAUCGCUGUUUGACUGUUGAGCCUCAAGUGUCAGUGUCUGGUUCGGAUCUUUAAUGAUAUCAUAAAAUGCAGGAUUUACGGCACUUUAGGAUGUUAUUGAAUAUGUAAUCUCUAUAUCAGUGCUGAUGGCCAAUCGGUCCCAUCAGUGACAUUUUAACGUACAACAAAUUUUGUGCAAAUCAAAUGUAGUACUUGCACACCAGGAAGAAUAUACUGUAAUUUAUAUUUUACCUAAACUUUCUACCAAAAAUGUGUCUAAUAACCAAUUUAUUGUGCAUAUACACUGAUUUAUUUCCCUCCUAUUUUGAGUGUGCAUAGAUUAUUUUUAUUGAGAGUUGACAAACAUUCCUAUUUUGCUGCCGUAUCAGUGAAAGUUCAAAGGUUUAAAUGAAGAUGAGAAGAAUAUUGUCAGGUUUGUGAGGUGUUUAUACAUCUGUUUGCUUUGAAUGUAAAUGCUGUAAACCUCUGUGGUCAGGUGUUUUAAGCCACGGUCGGAUUAAAGUUUAUCAGGGGACCACUGAUUAUUGUCAAUAGCAUCUUAAAGGACUACAGUGAUGUAGUUACAGCCUUUUAACUUAACCAACAGGAACCCUGUGUCUGAUUUUGAAGAUCAAGCCAUUUAAAAAAAUAUUCCACAUACCAGUAACUUGAUCUAAAAAUUAAAGAGCAAAGUCUCCCACUGAAACUUGAUUAAUGGCUAACUGACUUUUGUAAUGUCUAACUGAAAUAGGGCCAUUUUUUCUCUGAGCCUUACAUGUUUUGGUUAAAGAAAGGCUCAGUGUCAUCUGCUGGAUGUGACAUUUUGGUCAAAUUAAGCCUUUUUUUCAAGCUCAGUCUAUCUAAAUGUUAUUAUACUGGGGUCUUGUUUUAUUAUGCAGUGGUGUCUUGCAGGAGACACCCAUCAGCUGCAGUGCUGUAUAUCAGCUCUCAAACAAAGCCUGGUCUACAGAGUUUAUGAUGUUUUGAUUUAUCUACAUUUGAGUUAAUGUCAGAGCUUUUACUACAGAGUCCUUGUUUGAUUUGGCUACUUUAUUAUAUCUUUAAUCCAAACAUUAUGUGCUAUAAGUCUGAUCUGGAGCGAUUAUUAGAGAGAUAGCAGUGAGCUUACAGUGUAGAUUUAAUCUUCUGCAGGGAAUAAGUUGAGUUGUUGGUGAGCUUUUUAUCUCCAAACUGUUAUGUGGUCGUACACUGUUUCCUAUUACAUGUGCAGCUGUUUCCAAAUGACCUCCAUAUCUGUUUCACAGACACAGAGAAAUUCACAAUUGAACAUGUUCUUUCCAGGAGAAAGAAGAUUGUGUAUCUUUCUUAGUUUUAAAGCGAAAGUUAUUGAAAUGAUAGAGAAACAGGAUGCAUUUAUCAUCAUUUUCAGAUAAACUGUGCAGGGAAGAUGUGUUUGAAUCAGUUUAGAGUCAUGUGUGAAAUCAAACUUCUGACAUAUUUUUGAUAUGAUGUAUUUAAGCAGAUUGCUGGUUAUUUCCUGUGUUGUCGAUCAUACUGUGUGACUACUUUUCAUUUCUGUAUUAGGUCAUGUUAAAUGUAGGCUUUCACUGUUUGUGCAGAUCUACAUGAAUUUGUCUUGCCACUCCUUCUCCUCCUAUUGUUGUUUUUGGAUCUUUGUUAAACAGUAGAAGAAAACUUAUCUUGUAAAGAUGCUAACCCUGUUUUUUUAGGACUGAAUCAUCUGCUGCAAAAGUUCCUCUCAUUAAAUGAAUUAACGUCAUUGUGGUAGCUGUUUGAAUGCUGUGGCUAAUUUUCCUUGUCCCACAUUUAAGUUAAGAUGGCGAAACAGUUUUAGAAGUUUAUUAGAAACAAGCCCCCUCUUGGUUUUUGACACAAAGAUGUUAAGUGUACCCACAACUUUUUCCUUAGUUUCCAGUUCUUUAAAAACUCUACAGAAAAUAAAAAGUGCUCCUUUUGAAGCCAUAAAGCUCAGCAGACAUCCUGGAAAUAGUUUUUCUAACCAUUCUUGUUCAUUUGUGUAUUUCCUGUCAUAGAAAACACAUAGAAAAGUACAUUCACUUUGUCAUAACUACAUGAUCCAAGUGCCCUUGAGUCAUACUAAACAUUUUAAAUACAAAAAAAGUUAAUAUAUACUUAAGUUGAAUGUAUCAAGACAAGACACAUGCAAAGCUUACAUCAGUUUGCAGUCAUUUGUACACUGAACAGUUGUUCACAUUGAGUAUACAGUAUAAGACAAAGUGUUUGAUAAAUCCUCACAGCAUCAUCUCCACUGUUUCACAGCAGAACACAAACUUCAUGUCAGUGGAAACUUUUCUAACUUGUGGCAAACUCCAGAUUCUGGGUUAAUUAACUUAAUUGUGUCGGUCACAGAGUGUUUCUAUUUUUGCCCAGCACAGACAAGCUCACACAAAUAAACCUUUCAUUGCUCCAGA